AUGAAGCAAGAAAUCAAUAAUUUUGUGCAAACAAAUACUGAAUCUGUAUACCAAGCAUGGGAACGAUUAAAAUCAAUGCUAAGAAAAUGCCCACACUAUAGUAUCCAAUAUCCUGACAUUUUAUAUAUUUUUUAUCAUGGUCUUAAACCCUCUGCUAGAAAUGUUAUUGAUGCAGCAUCAGGAGGACCCAUAAUGAGCAAAACUACUGCGAAAGCCAUGCAAUUGCUCAAUGAAAUUUUAGAAAAUGUUGUUCCAUGGCCCUUUGACAGAAUGAUUGUUAAGAAAGCAGCAAGAGUCAAUCAAGUUGAAGCUUGGAAUUCAUUAGCGCAACAAAUUGCAACUCUAACACAAAAAGUUGAGGCAUUUCAGGUAAAUACUCAAUCAUCAUCUCAACAUGAGAAUUGUGACGUUUGUGGAGGCAAUCAUCCCAAUCAUGAAUGUCAAGCUUCAACGCAAAAUGAAGGACAAGUAAAUAGUAUUGGAUAUAGAAACUGUUAUCCAUUCAAUAGUCCAAUGGCACAAAAACAUCCUGGAUUCCAAUGGAGUAACCCAAAUGGUGCUGAAAAUCCUCAAAAAAAUUUCAAUCAAAAGCAGCAGAUACAGGGACCACCUGGUUUUCAAAAUCAAAACAGAGAGCAACAAGAUUUUCAUAAAUAUCAACAACCACCCCAGAAAGCUCAUCAGCAAAGCCUCGAAGACAUGAUGUACAAAUUCAUUAAGGCUACUGAUGAGAAGGUUGAAAGUCAAAGUUCAGCCAUCAAGAAUUUAGAAAUUCAGAUGAGCCAAUUAGCAACCCUCAUAUCUGAACAAAUAAAAAGUGCUCUACGAAGCAACACCGAAAAAAAUCCAAAGGAACACCUCAAAGCCAUCUCUCUGCGGUCAGGUAAAACUCUUGAUGAUCCAUAUGCAGAUAGACAAGGAAAACCACAAGAAGUGGAACAGGUAUAUGAAGAAGCUUUGAUACAAAUGCCAUCAUAUGCUAAUUUUCUCAAAGAAAUUUUGUCAAGUAAAAGAAAAUUGGAAGAAGUUUCAGUUGUUAAGCUUACAGAGAAAUGUAGUGCUAUACUUCAAAAUAAGCUUCCACAGAAGCUUGGCGAUCCAGAGAGUUUUACAAUUCCUUAUACUGUGGGAGAUGCUCACUUUGAAAAAGCAUUAUGUGAUUUGGGUGCUUCAAUAAAUCUAAUGUCUUUCUCAAUUUUCAGGAAAUUUGGUGAAAUGAAAGAUACUUGUGUAUCUCUUCAGUUAGCUGAUCAAAGUACUAAAAGGCCCAAAGGAAUAAUUGAAAAUGUUCUCGUUAGAGUAGAUAAAUUUGUAUUCCCAGUAGAUUUCAUUGUACUUGAAAUGGAAGAAAAUACUGAGGUACCAUUAAUUUUAGGUAGACCAUUUCUCGCAACAGGAAGAGCGAUCAUUGAUGUUCAUCAAGGACAAUUAAUAUUGCGAGUUGAUGAGGAGAGAGUAAUUUUUGAUAUGCAGAAAAUGAUAAAAUUUCCUGAGAAUGAGUCAUCAUCAUCUUGUUUUCAAAUUGACUUACUAGAUGACCUUGUAGAUGAAUUCAAGGAUAAUCAAUUAAUUACUGAUUCAUUGGAAAGAUGUUUGGUCAGGUCAGGGACCACAAGUGAUGAAAAUCCCACAAUCAGAGAAGAAGCUGAAACACUGGAAAAAGAUUCAGAAAAUGAGAAAGAAUACAAACUGAUAGAAGUCUUGAGGAAGCAUAAAAGAGCUUUAGGGUGGACUAUAGCUGACAUAAAAGGAAUCAAUCCAGCUAUUUGUAUGCAUAGGAUCCUCAUGGAAGAAAAUUACAAACCUAUAGUCCAACCCCAAAGGAGAUUGAAUCCAGCAAUGCAAGAAGUUGUCAAGAAAGAAAUAGUGAAACUUCUAGCGGCAGGUAUCAUUUAUCCAAUAUCUGAUAGCCCUUGG